AUGCCUGCGCCUUCCACGCGUGGAGCUCGCACGCCCUACCGACUCGUUCGUCUCCUGGACCUCACUUCAUCCCUCGAUGAUUUGUACUUUAGUGCCCUCACCCUCGCCGCAGCCAUGUCGUCGUCCGCGGCGCCAGACGACGAUCUCGUCUCUAAUUUCUGCGCCAUCACGGGCGCGGCGCCCGACCAGGCGCGCUUCUUCCUCGACAGCAGCGCCGGCGCGCUCGACGCCGCCAUCUCCGCCUUCUACGACCACGGCGGGGACGCCGCCGCUGCCGCCGCAGCCGCCGGCGGUGCCUCCGGGGACGACGGCGACGACACAGGCAGCCGAGGCGUCGCCGCGGCCGUCGCCGCCGCGCCGCCGCGCCAUCCGCGUGCUGCGGCGGCGGCGGCGGCAGCAGCGCGUGCGGGCGGGGCGGCAGUAGGUGGCCCCACGAAUCCCGCGAUGACGUCACAGGCGAUGUUCUCCGCGGGAGGCGCGGAGGAGGGCGGCGAGGAGGUGCAGCAGCGGCAGCCGCGGGUGACUGCGCCCAUCGGGGGACCGUCAGGGGCGGGGGGGGGAACUGGCGGAAUUGGAAGAUUUGUGGGGGGAGUGGGGAAGGGGAAGGGGAGUAAGAGAACGGGGCGCGGCGGGGGAGGGGGAGGCGGGCGGAUUCGGACGCUGGGGGAUAUCGGGAGGCGGAGGGACGAGGAUGAGGAGGAGGACGAUGAGGAUUACGAGGAUGAGGAUGACGACGACAGAGAGGAGUAUUAUGCCGGGGGGGAGAAGAGCGGAAUAGCGGUGCAGGACCCCAACAAGCGCAGGGGGCCGGGCGGAAUGGCGGCGCGGGGGGGAGCAGGCGGGGGCGCGCUGGACGUGGAUGACAUCUUCGCGCGCGCGCAGCAGCAGGGCGCGCGCCAGGGCACCUCCGCGGACCUCGACGCGGGCGCAGGCGCAGGCGGGGGCGCGCGGAGAGGCGCGGGCGCGUUCAGCGGAGUGGGAAGGACGCUGGGGGGCCCAGGCGGGGAGGGGGCAGGGGGAGGUGCGGGCGCGGAAGCGGCGACGGGGCAGGGGCAGGGGCAGGGGCAGGAGGCGAUGGCGGGGGAGGGCGGGCGGCGGGUGGUGCGGCACACAGUGACAUUUUACCUGAACGGGUUCACGGUGGACGAGGGGCCUCUGCGCCAGCUGCAGGACCCCGCCAACGCCGCCUUCCUCAAGGUGUGCCCCCCCCCGUCCCUCCGCCUCCUGUCCUUUGAGACUGACCAACCACUGCACUGCUCACCCGCAGCGCUGCUCCUCCACCCCACCCACCUGUUGCGCCCUGCCUCCUCCUACCUGCAAGGCAGUGAGUGCACCUUUGUCGUUUGCUUCCUCCCUUCCACCACUCAACCUCCCAGCCGCACCCCCUCCUCUCGACCCACCCUUUCACCCCUUCCUCUCAGCUCCUCGUCGUCUCAACCACUGCUCACCCCCUCUUUCCUAUCCCUCGUCUCGCCCCCUCAUCUCAAACCCUCCGUCUGUCCCUUCUCUCUCUCCCCAUGCACCCUCCGUCCCCCCCAGAGCAUCCUGGAGCGCGGCGAAUGUCCGCGCGAGCUGCAGAGCGCGGACCCCCUGGAGGACGUGGAGCUCAACCUGCUGCGCAACAACUCCGAAUGGACGCCCCCCCCAGAGCCCAAGUACGUGGCGUUCUCAGGCCAGGGCCGCACGCUGGGGGACGCUGCUGCCUCCGAUUCACAGCCGCCACCACAACCCCCUGCUGCUACUGCGACUGGUCCCACCAACCCACAGGCCCCUGCUGGAGGCUUGCAGGUGGACGAGGCGCAGGCAGUGACGUCCAUCCAGGUGCGCCUGGCGGAUGGCACGCGCCUGGUGGCGCGCUUCAACCACUCGCACACCGUCGCCCACAUCCGCGCCUUCAUCGACGCCGCCCGCCCGGGCGGCAGCGGCGGGCGGCGCUACUCGCUGCAGACCAUGGGGUUCCCGCCGAAGCGGCUGGAGGAUGAGAGCGAGACGAUUGCGGCUGCUGGUCUGGUGAACUCCGUGAUCGUGCAGCGGUGA